GGGACGUGAAGGUGCUCCUGAGGAAGGACUACCUGGCAGGCGAGGCUCGGGUCCGGGUGCCCAUGACGCGACAGUUUGGUAACUCCAUCCUCAACAUCUACAUUCCUUCCCUCAUCCUCAUGAUCAUCAGCUACCUCACCUUCUACUUCAGAACCUCCAUCUUCGACGUGCGAGUCAUGGUCACUCUCACGGCCCUUCUCGUCCUCGCUACACUCUUCGCUCAGGCAUCAAAUUCGCUGCCCAACACCUCGUACUUCAAGAUGGUGGACAUUUGGCUGCUAUUCUGCGUGGGCAUCACCUUCCUGGUCAUCAUAUUUCAUAUUUUGAUCGAUAAUCGACUCUUUAAGGACCAAAAGAUGACCCAAGUGAAACAUUUUGGCAUGCCAGCGUCGCACAAGAAGCAGGAGCUGAUAGGACUCCGUGACCGCUGCCGCUGGGCGCCGGACUACACUGUGGAGCAGCUGGAGAUGGUGGCCAAGGUCUUUGUUUUCCUCCUCAUGGUUUGCUUCAUGGUUGGUUACCUGCUGUAUAUAGCAACCUGAGGAUCCCUCCUGAUGCCAUGAUUGCUACCUGCUAUAUAUAGCAACCUGAGGAUCCCUCCUGACGCCAUGAUUGCUACCUGCUAUAUAUAGCAAUCUAAGGAUCCCUCCCGACGUUUUGAUUGACAAUCUGCUGUACAUAGCAACCAGAUGAUCCUUCUCGACUGCAAGAUUGGCGACCUGCUGUAUAUAGCAGUUUGAGAAUUCCUCUCAACCCAUCAAAGUGAACAUUAUUUUAAACAUCACCUUUAUUAUAAAUACAGCACAACGUAA